CCUGGCUCCCGCAGUCACUGGUGGUCCGGUGGUCCAUCCCAGAGUCCUGCGGCCGCCGACGCAUUCACUCCCUGAUAAUGGGAGGAGUCGAAUCCGGGCGCGGGCGCUGGCCUUGGCAGGCCCUGGUGCGUUUGCGUAAAACCAAGUACUGCGGGGGGAGCCUGCUGAGCCGCCGCUGGGUGCUCUCGGCCGCGCACUGCUUCGACAGGAUCCCUGAUGCCUCCAAGUGGACAGUCCAGCUGGGCGAGCUGUCUCUCAGGCCGCCUGCCUGGAGGCUGCAAACCUACAGAAAUCGGUACAAAGUGAAGGAUGUCAUCUUGUACCCUGACUGGCGGCGUGUGUCCCAUGACAUCGCCCUGCUGAGGCUGGCCUCCUCUGUCACCUACAACAAGUACAUCCAGCCCAUCUGUGUCCUGUCGUCCACCUUCAUGUUCGAGCACCGUCCUGACUGCUGGGUGACCGGCUGGGGCAUUCUCUUCGAGGAUCAGACAACUCUGCCGCCCCCCUACAGCCUCCGGGAAGCGCAGGUCACCGUCCUGAACAACACCAGGUGCAGAUACCUGUUCUCACAGGUCAUUGGUCCCAGUAAAAUCCACGACUACGUGUUUUGUGCUGGAUCUGAGGAAGGUGGCGUAGACACCUGCAAGGGUGACUCCGGGGGGCCCUUGGUCUGCGACCAGGACGGACUGUGGUACCAGGUUGGAAUCGUGAGCUGGGGAGUGGGCUGUGGCCGGCCCAACCGGCCUGGCGUCUACACCAACGUCAGUGCCUACUUCCACUGGAUCCAGAUGCAGAUGUCUCGCAGUGCACUGGGGCCGGAGCCCUCCCGGCCGCUGCUCCUGGCUCUGCUCUGGGCUCACCGACUGCUGAGGACCGCCUGAGUCUGGCAGAGCCAGUGAGGCCGCACACUGCCCUGGGUGUGCCCUCCAGGUCGGGGUGGGCACUGCCUGCUGGCUCAGGCCCCGGCCUCUCUGUCCCUCUUUAAUAAACGGUACG